AGAUAAUGCUGUGCGGAGCUGCUCUCGCUGCUCCCACUGCUCCCACGAUGCACUGCUUAUAGCAGCUGUCAAAGAUACUGAGGGAUCCACGCGCGAGAAAAAAGACUUUUACAACAGCCUGGAAGAAAGUGGUGUGAGGGAGGAGACAUUCCUGUGCAGAGCUGACCAAAGGAAAGAGUAGGCAUCAGUGCAAUAUGAAUGCAUACCUCACCAAGCAACACAGCUGCAGCCGGGGGUCUGAUGGGAUGGAUGCCGGCAGGAGUGCACCCACACUGAUCAGGGAUGCCCACUGCGCUUGUGGCUGGCAGAGGAGCCCUCAGGGGCUUGGGUACAAUUCUCAGACCAUGCCCUCUUCAGGACCUGGGGGCCCAGCUUCAAACAGGACCAAGCUGGUCACCUUGUGGGACAGUGUGCGGAAAAGUCCCCACAAGACGAGCACCAAGGGCAAAGGGACCUGUGGGGAGCACUGUGCCUGCCCACAUGGUUGGUUCAGCCCAGCACAGGCCAGCCCUGCUCCUAUAAUUGUCAACACAGAUACUUUGGACACGAUUCCUUAUGUCAAUGGGACAGAAAUUGAAUAUGAAUUUGAAGAAAUUACUUUGGAAAGGGGGAAUUCUGGCCUGGGAUUCAGUAUUGCUGGAGGGACAGAUAAUCCCCAUAUUGGAGAUGACCCUGGCAUAUUUAUUACGAAGAUUAUACCCGGAGGUGCUGCAGCAGAGGAUGGCAGACUCAGGGUCAAUGACUGCAUCUUGCGGGUGAACGAGGUGGAUGUGUCAGAGGUUUCCCACAGCAAAGCGGUGGAAGCCCUCAAAGAGGCGGGGUCUAUCGUUCGGCUCUACGUGCGUAGAAGACGACCUAUUUUGGAGACUGUUGUAGAAAUUAAACUGUUCAAAGGACCUAAAGGUUUAGGCUUCAGUAUUGCAGGAGGUGUGGGGAACCAGCACAUUCCUGGAGACAACAGCAUCUACGUAACUAAAAUUAUAGAUGGCGGUGCUGCACAGAAAGAUGGGAGGUUGCAAGUAGGAGACAGACUACUGAUGGUAAACAACUACAGUCUAGAAGAAGUAACACAUGAAGAGGCAGUAGCAAUAUUGAAGAACACGUCAGAUGUAGUUUAUCUAAAAGUUGGCAAACCCACCACCAUUUAUAUGACUGAUCCUUAUGGUCCACCUGAUAUUACUCACUCUUAUUCUCCUCCGAUGGAAAACCAUCUACUUUCUGGCAACAAUGGCACUUUAGAAUAUAAAACCUCCCUGCCACCCAUCUCUCCAGGAAGGUACUCACCAAUUCCAAAGCACAUGCUUGUUGAAGACGAUUACACCAGGCCUCCGGAACCAGUUUACAGCACUGUGAACAAACUAUGUGAUAAGCCUGCUUCUCCCAGGCACUAUUCCCCCGUUGAGUGUGACAAAAGCUUCCUUCUCUCAGCUCCCUACCCCCACUACCACCUAGGCCUGCUCCCUGACUCUGAGAUGACCAGUCAUUCCCAACACAGCACUACAACCCGGCAGCCUUCCGUGACUCUCCAACGGGCCAUCUCACUGGAAGGGGAGCCCCGCAAGGUGGUCCUGCACAAAGGCUCCACUGGCCUGGGCUUCAACAUCGUGGGCGGGGAAGACGGAGAAGGUAUUUUCGUAUCCUUCAUUCUGGCCGGUGGACCAGCAGACCUGAGUGGGGAGCUCCAGAGAGGAGACCAGAUCCUAUCCGUGAAUGGCAUUGACCUUCGUGGAGCAUCCCACGAACAGGCUGCUGCUGCCCUGAAGGGGGCUGGACAGACAGUGACGAUUAUAGCACAAUACCAACCUGAAGAUUACGCUCGAUUUGAGGCCAAAAUCCAUGACCUACGAGAGCAGAUGAUGAACCACAGCAUGAGCUCCGGGUCCGGGUCCCUGCGCACCAAUCAGAAACGCUCCCUCUAUGUCAGAGCCAUGUUUGACUACGACAAGAGCAAGGACAGUGGGCUGCCAAGUCAAGGACUUAGUUUUAAAUACGGAGAUAUUCUCCAUGUGAUCAACGCCUCUGAUGAUGAGUGGUGGCAAGCCCGGAGAGUCACCCUGGAGGGAGACAGUGAGGAGAUGGGGGUCAUCCCCAGCAAACGGAGGGUGGAAAGAAAGGAACGUGCCCGAUUGAAGACAGUGAAGUUUAAUGCGAAACCCGGUGUGAUUGAUUCAAAAGGGUCAUUCAAUGACAAGCGUAAAAAGAGCUUCAUCUUUUCACGAAAAUUCCCAUUCUACAAGAACAAGGAGCAGAGUGAGCAGGAAACCAGUGAUCCUGAACGAGGGCAAGAAGACUUCAUUCUUUCUUAUGAGCCUGUCACAAGGCAGGAAAUAAACUAUACUCGGCCAGUGAUUAUCCUGGGCCCCAUGAAGGAUCGGAUCAACGACGACUUGAUAUCCGAAUUUCCUGACAAAUUUGGCUCCUGUGUGCCUCAUACUACAAGGCCAAAGCGUGACUACGAGGUAGAUGGCAGAGACUACCACUUUGUCAUCUCCAGAGAACAAAUGGAGAAAGAUAUCCAAGAGCACAAGUUCAUAGAAGCCGGCCAGUACAACGACAACUUGUAUGGAACCAGCGUGCAGUCUGUGAGAUUUGUUGCAGAGAGGGGCAAACACUGUAUACUUGACGUGUCAGGAAAUGCUAUCAAGCGGUUACAAGUUGCCCAGCUCUAUCCCAUUGCCAUCUUCAUUAAGCCCAAGUCUCUGGAACCUCUGAUGGAGAUGAACAAGCGCCUAACAGAGGAACAGGCCAAGAAAACCUACGAUCGUGCAAUUAAGCUAGAACAAGAAUUUGGAGAGUAUUUUACAGCAAUUGUCCAAGGAGACACCUUAGAAGAUAUAUAUAACCAAUGCAAGCUUGUUAUUGAGGAGCAAUCUGGGCCUUUCAUCUGGAUUCCCUCAAAGGAGAAGUUAUAAAUUAGCUACUGCACCUCUGACAACAACAGAAGAGCAUUUAGAAGAACAAAAUAUAUAUAAUAUACUACUUGGAGGCUUUUAUGUUUUUGUUGCAUUUAUGUUUUUGCAGUCAAUGUGAAUUCUGAUGAAUGUACAACACAAACUGUGUGAAGCCAUGAAGGAAACGGAGGGGCCACAGGGUGGGACAGAAAAGACUCUGCGGUAUGCAGGAAGGCUUUGGUUUGCUCAAGGGGCCAGGUGUAGGGAUGAACCUCUGACAGGCUCGGUGCCCAAGCUGGGCAGCCUCCUCACCCAGCAGAUGUCCAGAGCUGACUUAGCUGCUGAGCUCUAUGUGUUUUUUGCUUUAAAGAAAAGUUGCCAGCACUUGAACUUCACCAACCUUCCCAUUACCCACAUCUGUAAUUGGUCCACUUUGAAUUUUAUAACUAUGCACAUCCUUUGAUUUCUUAACAAGCAAAAGAAAGAAAGAAGGGGGGCAAAAAGAAAGGAGUCCCUUUGAAGACGGCAUAAUAUCAGGGAAGGAUAUGCGUGUAGUUUCUUUGGCACCUGCGAAGAAAGGCGAGCAUUUCAUAAAAUUCACAAGUAUAUGGAGGACUGACCUUACUGGGAAGAGGGGAUUCCACCUGGGGUUAGCUUUAUGACUGUUUUUGUUGUCUAUUUUGCCAUUUAUAAAGUGAA